AUGUUCUACCGCCGCCCUCACACGGUUCACCCCCCGGACGCCAGGCGUCUAUCGGCACCGCCGCCCCUCGACUUGGGGAACCCCUCAGCGCGGUCCCGAGCCGCGAUCUGCCACGAUCCACGAAUGAUGAAUUUGUGA